CUUGCUUCUUGAAGGCCUAACCUUGUGAAUGUCAUGGUAAACACAGCUCACUGUGCUCGGCUCUCGAUUUCUCGCCCUGUCACUCGGCAAUCCUACAGAUUCCCUGCCCGCUGAGUGAACAUGGCUGCUCUCGGGUCUCCAGUGCACACGUUUCGCUGCCUUUUACGGGAGCUUCGCUGCCUCGGCGGCAAGAGCCACUACCGAAACACGGCGGCUUACAGCUAUAUCCGGGAGCAUUUCAGGAAGAAUAAGGUGAGUGAGGAAGGUGGGGAAGCUGGCUGCUAAUCGGCCUGUUAGUAACCUGUGUGAUUGACAGUGGAGGGUCAGCAUGGCUUCAUUGUAUUAAUCUCAUUAUGUGACCCCUUGUUUUGCCAUGACUUAUUUUUAAUGAAUCAGAAUUCCUUUGUUUUUUUUAAACCACAACAUUAUUCCAUCGGCAGACAGUAUGUUCUAUUUUUCACUUCAAAGUUGAUGGCUAUCUUCUUGUUGUAAUUCUUUUCUCGUUUGCUUUAUGAUUUUUUAUUAUUAUUAUUAUUAUUUUUAGUGCAUCCUCUUUAGGACUUAGCAAAUAUUCACACCAAUUUUAAAACAGUCAAUUAUGAGUUUAAAUGUGUCAUGGUCAUAAAACAGGAGAUCGACAUGGAAGACAAUUAGCUUAUGUGUUAAAGUGAUACUUCAAGUACCAAAACUACAAUGGUGUUCCUGCAGCAAAACACGCUGCGCCAACCAAUAUCUUUUAUAGCAGAGGAAUUGCCAGCUAUGAAAGGCUUUUUAAUCCUGCAAUGUAAACAUAGCUGUUCCUACUUUACAGUAAUUAUCUUACAGUGCAUGGUUAAAGUCAAAAACUAUAGUGCUACAAAAACAAAGAUGUUUACCGGAUCCCAGUGCCAAUGUGCCUCAGUGCUGCUUCAGGCUCUGCUUCCGCUCACUCCCACUGAUGUCAGCCAGUGAGAGGAACAGGAUGCUCGGCGAGCACCGUGCUAGCGUUAAGACUUCCCCCAUAGAAAAGCAUUGUAUAAUGCUUUUCUGUGGGGUUUCGAGUGCAUAGCAUGAGAACGUCCAGCAUCAUUUAGGCAACCAAACGUCGCUUAAAGGGACACUAUAGUCACCAGUGCAACUACAUGUAUUCCUGACCCUAUAGUGUUAAUACCACCAUCUAGCCUCCCUGGGCCCCUCAUGCCUCCAUAAAUAUAGUAAAAAUCUUACUGUAUUCAAGCCAGAAGCUGUAAAUCUGCAUGCUGUUAGACUCAGGAAAAGCAAGCAGUCUGCUGACAUGUGAGAGCCUGAUCCAAUCACAGUGCUUCCCCAUAGGAUUGGCUGAGACUGACAAGGAGGCAGAUCAGGGCCAGAGCCAGCAUGAUUCAAACACAACCCUGGCCAAUCAGCAUCUCCUCAUAGAGAUGAAUUGAAUCAAUGAAUCUCUAUAAGGAAAGUUCAGUGUCUGCAUGCAGUGGAAGGAGAUACUGAAUCACAGGAUGCUAGUGCACAGCAGAUCUGAGUGGAUGGAUGCUGCCUCCAUCAACCCAGAAGUCUCUCUGGUUCACUCUGAGUGACUGCAACUGGAGGUGUUCCUAGCUUUCAAUGUAAACACUGUAUUUUCUCAGAAAAUACAGUGUUUGCAUGAGAGAUGCUGCAGGGAUCUAUAGUUCUCACCUGAACAACCUCAUUAAGCUGAAGUUGUUCAGGUGACUAUAGUGUCCCUUUAACCACCCGGGAGACCUACUGGCAGUCUGAGGUGGAGUUAACCCUCCAAGACAAUUAUUGCAGUUUAUCAAAAACUGCAAUAAUUACCAUUGCAAGGUUAAGGGGCCUGGGACACUGCACCUAGACCUCUUCAAUGAGCUGAAGUGGUCUGGGUGCCUAUAGUGUCCCUUUAAUGACAGGACCACUGUAUUUAGACCACUUCAUUGAGAUGAAGUGGUCUGGGGCAGUGCUCCUGUUAUUUUAGUUCUGCAAUCUAAACAUUGUUAUUCUGUAGAUACAGCCACUAGAGAGUGCCUCAUUGGCAACAACUGAAUUUAUCUUGGUUAUGUAACUUUCAACUUUGAACGUCAUCAAAUGCUGAUCCUAGGGAAGUAUUAGAUUCAGUGCUUCCCAAAGAGAAGCAUUGGAUUGGAUCAGCAUGGCAUUAAUUGGAUAGGACGAUAAGCCAAGCAAGUGAAUUCUGAAUCACGACCUCACCAGAGGCAGAGAGGGUGACAACACCAAGUUAGUCUUAGUAUAGGGAAAAAGGUAAGUAAACACCUUUUUUAUAAUUUGUUUGUAUUCCUAAUGCUAUAAUGAUCCUUUAAAGUGAACCUGUUAUCCCUUAAAAGAACACUCCAGCAUUCUAAGUAAAUUUUUCAUGGCCAACAGCAGCAUCACUAAUUUCCCCACCCAGAAUGCAAGACAGGAAGUAAAACAAACUGAUUGAAUAACAGCCCUUCUCUAAAUUCAGAUGUUUCUGUUCUUUUUUUUUUUUUUUUCCUGCCACUCCAGCUGCAGGCUUUCCCAUUACAGGGAAAACAUUUUUCUUUUGUGGCUUGCCUACCACGGAUUAACAUGGCAAGUCCAGCUCCACAUUGCCAUAAACUACCUUUAAAAUUUUCUGAGAUCACAAGAUGUCCUAUUUGGCGCAACUGUUCUUUCUUCACUUUCUCAGUCAAUACUUAAAUGGACACUAGAGUCACCAGAACAACUAUAGCUUAAUGUAGUUGUUCUCGUGAGUAUAGUCAUUGCCUUCAGGCAUUUUAAUGCAAACACUGCCUGUGUUUAUAUUGUCCCUAGGGACACCUCCAUGUGGCCACUCCUCAGAUGGCCACUGAAGGUGCUUCCUGGGGCAGUGCUGCACAGUAGGCGGCACUGCCGUUCAGCGUCUCUGCGCACUGCAUGGGGCCUCUGAAUUUUCCUCAGAGAUACAUUGAUUCAAUGCAUCUCAAUGAGGAGGUGCUGAUUGGCCAAAACAGGGUUUGGUCCCGCCUCCUUGCCGAUUUUAGCCAAUUCAAUGCUUGGAAAGCAUUGGUUUGACAAAAAAUCUGCAAUUCUGAUGAUGUCACCAAGGGGGCAGGGCCAGUGCCGACAGACCCACGUGGCGCUGGAAAUAAGGUGAGUUUUCAUUGCUUUUAAAGGGGCUAAGGGGGAGGGGGGCAAGCCACCUAAAUGGUGGGUUUAGCACUAUAGGGUCAGAAAUACAUGUUUGUGUUCCUGACCCUAUAGUGUUUCUUUAACAAUGGAUUUAAUAAAUUAUCUUGUAGUUAUCUGUGUCUCCCUCCCUUUGAAUGGGAUUUCCCUGUUAGUGAUGCUGCUAUGGUUUACCAGGAAAACAGAAAAUUCUUGCUAUAAUAUUGCUAUAAUAUUUCCCAGAUUUUUAAUUUUCCGGCCAUUUCGCACAGCAGCAUCAGACACCCACCCCUCUGAAUUGACUUUAUAAGAAGACUAAUAUCUGGAUUUAGGGGAGGGGUUUUAUUCAAUUAGCUUUUUAUACUUCCUGUCCUGCAUGCUGGUGCCCAUGACCCAAUCACGUUCUUACCAUAUUUCUUAAAGGACCACUAUAGGCACCCAGACCACUUCAGCUCAAUGAAGUGGUCUGGGUGUCAGGUCCAUCUAGGGUUAACCCUGCAGCUGUAAACAUAGCAGUUUCAGAGAAACUGCUGUGUUUACACUAGGGUUAAUCCAUCCUCCAGUGGCUGUCUCAUUGACAGCCACUAGAGGCGCUUGCGCGCUUUGAGAAGAUGCUGCCGUCCAUAGGAACGCAUUGAGAAAUGCUUUCCUAUGGAAUGAUUGAAUGCGUGCACGGCUCUUGCCGCGCAUUCGGUGGAUGACGUCAGAAGAGGUAGGAGAGUCCCCAGCGCCGGGCAGCCCGGCGCUGAAGAAAAGUAAGCGUUUAACCCCUUCCUCCCACUAUAGCCCAGCAGGAGGGGGAUCCUAAAAGUGUUGGGGGGACCCAAAGACCCUACAAGUUUGUUUUCCUGGCACUAUAGUGGUCCUGUUAAGCAUUUCUGCAUUAGCUAGGUCAUUUGUGAGAGUCAAUCAGUUGUGACAAAUUUGUAACUUCCACAUUAGCAAUUUGUCAAGGGAGGGAUCAACCCCUGGGGGCCCCUUGGUUUGUGUAAAGCUUCUCAAGUAUGUUGACACUGAGGUGGGGAAGCACCGCCAUAGCCUGCUAGCAUUUUAAAUGAUAUGUGGGACCUAAGCAAUUUCUGUCCUUCAGAGAAGUUGAUCCACAGAACGAUAUGAAAUAUUUUAGAACUAAUGUAAAUGUUAGUGAAUUUCAGGAAGAACCCAAAUAUAAACCAAUGCUCAGUAUUGUUUUCAAUGGGGAUUCAUAUUUUAAUGACUUCUUCAUUAUAUUUCUGUCUUAGAAUUUUUUUUUUUUUUUACUUUUGGACCUAUUUGGAAAAGAUGUGCAAUAUAUGAUUAUGGUCUGCUGAUGCCUCUGGAAGUUUGUCAGAUUGUUUAUAUGAUAUCAAUUUACUCUUCUAAUUCUUAAUUUCAUUAUUUUUUUUUCUUCCAGACAACCAGUGAAAAAUUCUGCAGAGCCCAACAGGAGCUACAUUUUCAGGCCUCCACAUAUCUCUGCCUGCUACGCAGUGUUCGAAAUCAUGUUGUGCUUCACGAGGCGUAUCACGCCAAAGGAGAACGUUCUACAGAAGUUGCAGCCAGUAUGGUGGGCCUUAAAUUACCACAACAGCCUGGUGGAAAAGGUUGGGAGAGAUGAACUGUAGAUGUUGACAAGUUUCGUUAUUCCUGGCAGUAGAACAAGUGGCAUAUACCUUAGCUUAAUUUGAUUAUUUUGUGAAAUGUAAAUAAAACCUGUGUAAAUAAGUUUUAUUUCAUCCAGUAAUCCUUUAUUUAAUAGAAGGUGCAAGUCAAUUUUAUAAUACAUACAGAAAAUGGAGAGGGGGCAGAAGGUUAGG